AUGAGUCAAAAUUAAAAGCAAAAAAUGAGCUUUAAUCAUUAGGAUAGUGAUUUGAGUAAAGACGAACUUUUACUAGGAAGUUAUGAUCAUGAAGAUUAGUUAUUUUAAAGUUAAGGAGAUGAUAAAUUAAAAUAAUCGCAUUUAAAAGAUGAAAGAAAUUUAUCACCAAAUAAUAUAUCUAGCAUGAAAUCAAGCAAUGUAAAUGUUUAAAAUGAAGGCUAAGGCAACUCUAUUAAAUGCUACAUUUUUGCUUGGGGUAAAAAUGAAUCAGGAGAGCUUUCAUUUGGCAAUUAAAAGCAACCUUUUUAUAAUAAACCUGAAAAUCCAAAAAACUUAGAUAGAAUUUACAUAAAAUAAAUAAGUACUUCUUAAAAUCACUCAGCAUGCAUUUCAGCUAAUGGAGAACUCUAUGUUUGUGGUUCUGCUCUUCAUGGAAAGCUUGGACUUGAAGAAUUGACUAUGGCAAAUAUAAAUAAAUUUUAAAUGAUUCCUAUAUUCAAAGGAAUCAAAGUAUUACAAGUUGCUUGCGGUGAUUAUCACACUCUAGCACUCACAGAUACUGACUAAGUGUAUUCUUGGGGUGGAACUCUCCAUAAAAAAGUAGGUUAAAGAUCUGGUAAACCUGCUCCUAUUUAACAAUUAAACAAAAAAGGUGUAAUUCAAGUUGAUUGUGGUGACUAUCAUUCAGCAGCUAUCACACAAAAUGGAGAUAUCUACACUUGGGGAGGCGGUGGAUAAGAUUAUAAUAAAGGACAGCUUGGUUUAGGACAUGUAAAAGAUAUAGAAAAUCCUGAAAAAUUAAAAUUUUUUGAAGGCAAAAAGAUAGUAAAAGUCUCCUGUGGUUAAUUUCACACAAUGGCUCUUACUUCUGAAAAUGAAUUAUUUGGGUGGGGUGCAGGUGAGUUUGGAGAGCUGGGAACAUCAAAGUUUAAGCAUGAGUACACUCCUAUUAGAGUAAAGGUUAACUUCAACUAAUACAACAUUCUUUAUGAAAAUAUUCUCUUUGAAAACUCUAUAUAAAAUCCUUAAAUCAUAGAUAUCAAAUGUGGUGGUCAUCACACACUAUUGCUUACUAAUAAUGGUUAUAUUUAUUCUUCAGGAUAUGGUAGAUAGGGUCAAUUAGGUUUGAGAAACUCUGAAAAUUAGUGUGAAUUUUAGUUGGUUUGGACUUUGACAAAGAAAAAGAUAAUUAAAAUAGCUGCUGGAUGGAACCAUUCAUUAGCAUUAUCUGAUUAAAAUGAUAUAUUUGCUUGUGGCCAUGGUGCAAGAGGCUAAUUAGGAUUAGGUGAUGAAGAAAGUAGAACAAUUUUUACUCACGUUGUAAGCUUAGGAGGUAAAAAUACAGCUACUAUUAGUGCAGGAGGUGAUCAUUCUUGGGCUGUUCUAGAUCAAAAUUUUCCUGUCAAAUAAAACUAUAGACCCCCUUCUCCUUUAAGGUCUCUUGACACUAGACCACUUAAUAAAAGUAGAGAUGUUUCUCCUGAUUUAAGCAUGAUGAAAGACAAUCAGAGUAAAUUUUUACCUGAUGAAUAAAAAAUUAUAUUUGAAAAGAUCCUUUAAGUAGUUUACGUGGAAGUAGAUUUAUGCCAUAGAUUUGUAAGAUUUACUUUAAUUGACCCUUCUAAGCCUUUUAAGAAGCGCUUAGAUGAGUAUCUUGAAGAAAUAAAAUAAUUUGAAAAUGGUGGCAUCGUAUUUACAAAAUGGUAAAAUGAUGAUUUGCUUAUAGAUGAAAAUAAUAAUUAAAUCAAUAAAAAAGAAAACCUUGCUAAAAAUAUAACUUUAAUGAUGAUUUGCCAUCCAAAUAGAUCUGUUUCAAAUCAAAAUUAAAAUGAAUUGAACCAAUAAUAUAAUAAUGUCAAGGAUAGUAACACAGCUUUUAGCAAUCUAUUUAAAACUACUUCCGUUGGUGAUAUGACUCUUUAUAAAGAGUCAGAUGUAUAAAAAGAUCCAACUUAACAAAAAUUAGGAUACUGGUUUGUGCUUUUUUCUAAAAAGUUUAAAAGUAUUGUAGAAAAAAUGAAAUUCUUUGAGUUAAGACCUUAAAGUUUAAAUAACAAUCCUUCUCAAAACUGA